CAUGUAAAACUUUAUAUAACUUCGUUUGUUUUUUAAUAUCCUCGCUGUUGUUUACCAUAUAGUCAUUACACAUCAGCUUUGAAUUGUGUUAGUAAAAAUGGCAGUCAGAAGAAGGUUUACCCUUCCGGUUCAAGAACGGCGCUGUGUCUUUAAAACCACCGAGCGGGGCUCUUUAUUUGGCAGGAAGUUAGCCGACGGCUAACAGGAAGCCGAGUUAUGAGGACACACUGAGGUGCAGGAAUUAGCAAAGAACUAAGAGUCCAAAGACUGCUCUUCACUCGUUACAAGUCCCCUCGGUACAGGAGGAACAAGCAGUCAGCCACCUGUGUGUGAAGACGACCGGCAGGCAGCUAUGUCUUCAGCAGUGGAUCUCAAGACCAAGGAGGAGAAGGACGCAGAGUUGGACAAGCGAAUCGAAGCUCUGAGGAAGAAGAAUGAAGCUCUGGUCAAGAGGUACCAGGAAAUCGAAGAAGACAAAAAAAAGGCAGAGCAGGAGGGUAUCGCCGUGACGACGCCCAGGAAGCCCCGCCCCCACGAGGCUGAGUCGGACAGGAGGAAGACGGAGAAGGAAAACUUCACCAUCACAGUCGACCUUUCCAAAGUGAUGGGAGAGAAGAGAAUCGUGAACGACUGGAAACCCGGGGUACCUCGUGGCCGGAAGACAUCAGAGGAGAGCGACGGCCACGGCGGUCCGAGCGACAGCCACAGCCCUCCCAGGAGGAAGGGAUCUGGACGAGUGGGUCGGGGAGGUCAGAGAGGAGGAGGAGCCCGCCAGGAGAGGAGAGACAGAGAACCCAGGACACCCAGAGAUGGAGAACCUGGGGAGCCAGGAGGACAGGGACGUAGAGGAGGAAGGAGAGGAAGAGGAGGAGAAGGAGGAGGAGGAGGAGGAGGAGGUGGGGGGACACCAGGUGGCAUAGACAGGAAAUCCAAGGAGUGGGAGGAGAAGAGGCGUCAGAACAUUGAGAAGAUGAAUGAAGAAAUGGAGCGAAUAGCAGAGUACGAGCGGGGACAGCGGCCGGAUGGGGACAAGCCGAUCCGUAACUUCCUGGACGACCCGAGACGUUCGGGCCCAGCUCCAGACACGGACCGCAAAGAGGGCAGCAGGAGGCACGUACGGAACUGGGGCGGACUGGACUUUGACAACGUGAAGACAGGAGCAGAACUGGAGAAAGAGUGGACCAGUCGAAGGCCGGGUCCAAAAGGCUCUAUGGACAUGACCAUGUCCAUGACCGGCCGGGAGAGAGCGGAGUACCUGCGCUGGAAGAAGGAGCGCGAGCAGAUUGACGAGGAGCGGCUGGCACGCCACCGUAAUGCCACAGGCCAGUGGAGACGAGAGUGGGACGCACAGAAGACAGAGAGCAUGUUCAAGGAGGACUCGUACGUGGCUGCAGAGGGCAUCACACCCGAGCAGGGCAGCAGACGAGAUGACACCAAGCGCCCUCCUAAAGCAUCGACAUUUGGUGACUUCCUGUCCCAGGGGCGGACCCAGGGGCCCCGAGGGGACCGAGGCAGAGGAAGGGGCCGAGGACAGAAACCGAGCUACAGCAUGCAUGACAACCGCUGGGAAGCAGAGAAAGGAGAAGAAGACAAGGAAAAGAUGGACAAGACAAAGAGAGAGGAGAAGACCAAAAAGAAGGAGAAGAAAGAAGAGGAAGAAAAGCCCAAACCUCCUACACCACAGAAGACGGAGGAGACCAAUGAAGGUGGAGGGGAAGAUGAGGAUGAAUGGGAGGAUGCCACAGAUUCACCAGAUGACGACGAAGCAGUGGAGGAAGGCAGCGACUCGGACUCCAAGGGCGAUGAGAAGAAAGACAAGGGCAAAGAGAAACCAGCCAAGAGCAAAGACGGCUCUGCUGCAUCUCCCGCACAUCGUGCUCGACAAACGACCGCAGGAAGCCCCAAAGAGCAGCGGACCCCCAGGCCGAAGGUCUACAUCCCCGCCCCCGCACCGGUUCAGGAGUCACCGGAGGGAGGCAAACCCCUCAGCCCCUUCUCCCCGCUGGACAGCCACCAGCCUGUGUCAGACUGGGGGGAGGAGAUGGAGAUGCUGUCGCCCCGAAGCAGCAUGGGAGGUGAGAGCCCCCUGAAACCCCCCAGCGUGGAGGCCAGCCCGCCCCAGAAGCAGGAGCAGGAGCAGGUACAGGAACAAGAACAAGAACAAGAACAGCAGCAGCAGCAGCAGCAGAAGGAGGAUGAGGAGGCAGAGAGCCAAGCUGCCAGCUCCAGUGAACCAGCUGAGCCACAGAAGGAGGAGGAUGCAGCCAUGGACGUGUCCUCCCCUUCAGAGAUGACUGUGACAGUGUCAGAACCUGAGUCCGUUCCCACAGACUCCCCUGCCGUGCCGCCGUCUGACCCCGUCCCCUCUGAGGUCAGUGAGGCUGAGGGGAUGAUGGACCAGGAUGCGCCUGCUGCUCCAUCGCGAGCCAUCCUGGAGGCUGACCAGAGCUCCUCUGAAUCAGCAAGAGGGAAAGAUGAUGAAGACGACGCAGCCCCAGGUGGGACCGACGCGGCUCCGACGGCGGAGACAGAGUAGACGUCCUCAGGCUGACGCUGCUGGGAACAAACAGACUCUCUUCUGAGGAGGAUGGAAAGAUGAAAUGGACAAAGAGCAUCACACUACUCAUCACCGGAGUGAGCAUCACACAUCGAAAAUGUUUAAAAAGUGAGAACAAAAAAAAUGACUUAAACCACCAUGAAGAGGAGGAGGAGGAAGAGGACCUGCGUCUCCAGCCUCUUCUCACCUCUCUGAGCUGUUGCUAAGAUCGUCUCUGGGCCGCCGCUGUGUUUUUGUCUCACUCUGUUAAGUACUGAGGUAUGAAAGUAAGUCAGUACGGAAAAGCUUCGAAAUGUUUUCCACGUCGGCAAAAUGAACCAAACUCGAUCUGAUUUUAUCCAAAACACCACAUGUAUAAACGUGAGCACAGAAGAUCAUUUAAUACACACUCUGAGGGGAGAAAUGAACCAUUUUCAGUCAGCCGCUAAAUAUGUACAACUAAAAUCACAACACCGAGCCCGAACUGACCGGAUGUCAGUGUGUGAAAGGCUUUCAGCUGCAUGUUUUGGAUGUCCACGUUGGAAGGCUGUUCCAGGAACAGAAUCUACGUGGCUCAUUUCUGCGUUGGUUUUGCUUGGAAAUUGAUUACUUCUUUAAGCGACCGCUACAUAACUCUGCUAUGCUCACGUCUACAUUUUCUCUUUUUACGCUUGUAGUCUCUGGCGUUCACUCAGAUUUCAUGCCGUUCACUUUGGAGCCACUAAAGCUUUCAUUCUUCUUUUGUUUUUAACGUUAAGCGUCUGGCCUGUUGUCUCGUCAGUUUACAAGCUCCAGUUUUGUACGAGGGACAGAAUGUGAGCCUCGUUUGGAAAUGAAUCCACGUCAUCAGACUUGAUUUUCCAGCAGAUCGACACUGAAUUAACCCUCAGAACAAACGCACUACGGACUCACGCUCAUUGCAGAUGUUUCGAGCUUUGUUUUGCAACUUUAAAGCCCCUGUUGUGGGCAACCAGCUUUGAGCCGGUUCAGACCUGUUAUGUCCGUCCAGAGUCAGCCAGUCACAAGUGGACAGGGUGGAGUCCGUCAGUUCACAUUAGGUUUUAUGAUGCGUCUCCACACGUGUGACGACUCGUGAUUGGAUCUCAUUUCUCAGCUCCAUACGCAGAUAAACUCGUACUUCCUGGGGACAAAUGGACACAGCGAAACGUGAUGCAUAGCUGCCAAAUUUAGAAGAAGGUCCAAAUAAUUAAGAAUAUAUCAUAGAUGGCUUUUCUCAAAGUCUACUAACUCAACAACUUAAAACUAGAGCUGCCAGGAUUAGUCGACCAAAAAAAAUGUCAGGAUUUGCUUGUUUUUUGUUGUUGUUUGUUUUGGGGUUUUUUUUAGUUUUGAAUCUUUUUUGUUUUGAACUGUUGGCCAAAAGGAAAAAACGGCAACACUUUGGGCUCAGAGAACUUGUCAUGAGCAUUUUUUUUCACAAUUUUUUUACUUUUUUUAAGACAAGCAAUCAAUCGAUUAGUCGUUAGCGAAUUGCCAGUUUCAGGACACGUUUGUGUAGUAACUGCUGUACGCUUGUGGCGCAGACCACCUCUGAAUGUGUUCUGAGAGAUGGGAUCUCUACAGUGGCACCUGUACAGCUGUCCACCUGCGACGGGAUCACUCAGGACGGACGUUAGCACCUGGUCUGAUCAGGCUCUCGCUGAUCUCGGCUCCAUUGGCCUCCGUGAUGUGGAGCCUGCAGCCUUUUCCUGCCCUCUUUUAUAGCUUUUAAUUACCAGGUUUGUUGGACUGCACACCGAAAUCCUUUUCUUUGCACAUCAGACCCCUCUGACGUUGAGUCUUUGAGCCUGAUGGUUCACGCGAGCUUCGCCGCAGGUACAUCACGAUGACGUGUCAUUUUAUUUUAUUUGUUAGGAGGGAGCCAGCUGUGCAGGCCUGUGACUGACUUCAGUGAUCAUGUGGGUCAGAUGUGAGUCAGAGUGAGCGGCUGCUGCAUGACGUUGUCAACACACACACACACACACGUUAACUUCUAGGAUCAGGUGUGUUGCUUCAGGGCGUUGUGACUGAGCACCAUGUGACACCUCGUCCUCAUGUCAAGUCGAAAUGCCAGUUAGAUCAAUCGACCCGUUUGCUAUUUUAAUCCUGUCAUGUUGUGAUUCUGAUGGGUCGGGAGUCGGUUUUUAGAGAGAAAUCUGUUGUGUUCGUGUGAUUCGACCCAGCACUGCCUCUUCAGAUGGAAGGUUUGUUUUUAAAGUCGAGAGUCUCAUUCCAAAAUGGCUGAAAAAAAUUGUCAAAGAUACGUUAAAUAUUUCUGUUGGCAGCCAUGUUUUGAGGUUAUAAUUGUCUUAUAAUUUGAAAAUAUGGACUUUGUGUUGUCUGAGGUGUAGAAACAUAAGUCACUGCUCGAGGAGAGAACUUUGUGCUGUAGGCCCUUUUUUAAUUUGACAGUUUGUUUUGGAAUGAAACCCUCCACUCGUACCUCAGCAGACCCCAAGGGCUUUCGUUUGCUUUGUCCUUCAGUUUGUGCUUUGUCUUCUUCCAACGGCUCUUUGAAUCUUGUUGAUUGCAGCGGCUCGUGGCGUUUGAAAACGUGCGGAUAAAUGGGUUGCUUUAAUGUUUUUGUGUUCUGUAUCAGAGGAAUAAACGUGAUGCAUUUUCAGCUGAAAGGAACUGCAAUAUGUACAGUUUUUACAUGGAAAUGAACAUUCCACAGCUGGGUGUUUUGUGCUAAAUGCAACCUGUGAAAGAGCUAUGAAAAAAAUAUUUUGUUUUUAUGUUUUCGUUUUUGCAUAUGGAUGUUUGCUCUUUCGAUGACUGAUUGUAUUUAAGGAAGUAGUUUUUUUCAGCGUGCUCCCAUUUCUACAACGUCUUCCUGUUUGAUCCGUGAGGUCACGCUGACGUCUGACGGGGUUUGCCUUUUAGGAGUCGCGUGCAGCAAGCAUGAAUCUCAAAUUGUAGCUUUUUAAUGUUGUCAAAGCCAUUGAUCCCCCGUCAGAGAGAAGAGCCCCUUUCCAAUAAAAGCACACAUCAGUUUUUGUUCUUCGCAUUUAGCCAAUAAAUGUAUUCCUCUGAUGCCCGA